UUCACUCUAUAUUUAUUUAUUAAAGUAAGAGAACAUCAGGCACUUAAUUCUUUGGAGAAGAUGCUCUGGAUAGAUGACAAGGGCAGGUGGGGUGUUUAACGUGUAUAUUUCAUUUCACGGUUGGGUAAAGGCAGAAUGAAAGUGCAGGCGAAAAGGGGGAAAACAAAUUGGCUAGUGCUGUGCGUCACGUCUAAUAUCUUAGUUUGUCUGAUCUAAUCUAAAUUUUCUCGCAAACAGAAGAAAAGUCAAGCGCGGCACGAAUCGCGAUCUUUCCUUCUUUCUUUCUUUCGUUCCUUCACAAUCCUACCAGCCGCCAAGCCGCAGAGUCAACUUGUACAAAUGCCCACCGAAUCCAUUAAAACUAAAAAAUCUUCUACCACGAACACUUGUCUUCAUUCUUCAACCUUCGUUUCGUUUCUACCACUCCAUUCCAGAAUGCUUCGUUACCUGUUGGUGUUCUUCUUAUUGGGCUUGGGAACCCGGGUGGAGUCACACGAGGAAUCGGGUCAUUGGAGCUGCGAGUCCGAGUCGGAGAUCCGAGUCGAGACUGAGUUCAAACCCGGUGUAAUCACACUGGAUGGUCACGCUGAUGAUUGGAAGGACAUUGAUGGGUCCUACUUUCCCCUCCUUCCCGCCCUUGACCCAGAUGCUGAAAAUGAAUUCAAAGGGGGAAAGAUGAGCGUUAAAAGUGUCCAUGAUGGCCGCGAUAUCUUCUUUCUGCUGCAAGUAGAUGGUGACUAUGCCUACUCUAAAGGUGAAAGCAAUAAAUGUCCAUCUGUUGCUCUCAUGUUUCAAAUUGGAGAUAGUGCCUCUUAUCAUGAUAUGGGUGGCUGUAAAGAACAUUCGACCUCAUGCACUGACAAGACCUGCAAAGGUCAUGAAGUUGACAUUAUGCACUUUUCGAUAGGAAGUGCUAUUCCAGGACGACUUUACGGUGGCAAUCCCCUAGACAAUAGAGAUGGGAAUGGUGGCGAUAGGUUUGGUCACUUGGUUGAUCUAUAUGCUUGGAAUCCACAUUGUAGAUACUUGGAUGGAAUUGGUCCUCCAGGUUCUGCUAAUGAUUCAAGUGCGCAGAAUGACUGGAAAGGUGCUUGGUGGCAUAGCAGCUUCACAGUUCACUCAGGAUUCGUAGAGGAUGAGAGUCCAUAUGCAGAUAAUGGAAAAAAGGGCACAUACUUUUUUGAAUUCUCGAGGUCUUUGAGGACUAUGGAUCAUCUUCAACAGGACGUGCAAUUUAACAUUGGUGGAUCCAGUAAGAUGUCUGUUGCAUUCUGGUAUCCAGUAGAUGGUCAACCUUGGCAUGGUUCUGGGCACUACUCUGUUUACUGUGAUUGGGUUCCCAUUGACAUAUCUGUUGGUAAAUCUUUGAAUGGCAAGUCAGUAGAUGCAGCAUCAAAUAGCUCGUGGAAUGUUGCUAGUGCCUUUUCUGUUAUACUAUCAGUAGCAGCACUUUGUGUGUCUGUUUUUGUGAGCUAUAGGGUGUUCAGCCCCAAGAGUGUCUCUUUUACACCGAUAGAGAACAACAACCUUUAAAUAUUGAACCAAGAGCUUGAGUUUGGGAUUGUACUAUUCAUUUCGCUUGUACUAGAUAGGUUUGUACUGUUUAGUGCUUUCUCUUUGCUCUAUUUUUUUAUUAUAACUAAAGCAUUACUUUAGUUAUUUUAAGCAGUGUCAGAAAAGUAUUAAUUCAUUAUCAACAUUAUGGAGUUCCAUCCUCUUUGGCUUAGUUAUUGCAAUUGCAGUACCGUUUGCUUUCA